AUGGCGAAAGUCGAAGGUUCUAAUCAGGCGAUUGAGCUUCAAGCUCAGCCGAGCAGCUCAGCUUCACGACACGAAACAGAGCCUGAAGUCGUUGACCACGAUGACAGCUCGACCAGUAUUGAACAUAGUCCACCCAGACGAACUGGCUCAAGAAGGAAGAUGGCAUCCGUGCUUCUCGGGUCCGCCGUAUUACAAUUCCCUAUAUGGGGCUUUGCAAUGAGCUAUGGUAUCUUCCAAGAAUACUACAUCAAACACUGGACUUUACAAGGAAGCCAGGAUUUGACUGGUAUUAUUGGUAUGACUUCGAAUGGAGUCAUGUACCUCUCUAUGCCUUUCCUCUUUGCCCUUUUCACCAAACGAUGGGCAAGGUAUCGUCAGAUCGCAGCUUUACUAGGCACUGCUAUUGCCUGUGUGAGUUACUUGCUGUCGAGCUUUAGCAGCAAUGUCUGGCAUCUGGUGUUCACGCAAGGCGUUUUUGCUGCCUUUGGAUCAGCUCUGGUUUUCAGCCCUAUGACCUUGUCUUUAGGUGAGUGGUAUAAGACAAGCCAUCGGGCGCUGGCCUAUGGCAUCACACUGUCCUGCAAAAACAUUGUCGGCUCGGUGUGUCCAUUCUUGUUCUCUGGGCUUCUGGAUCAGCAUGGCUUUCGCUUCGCACUCAGGAUCUGGGCAGUUUUGGUCGCUGGUACAAGUGUGUUCACGAUUCUCCUCAUCCCGACGCACCCUUCAUCGUUGGCCAUGGGAACACAAGAUUCCACUGACAGCGUCGAUGCUGAGCAAGACGCAAGAAGAACAACAGACACGGUCAGAACCCGUAAGAUACCCUGGCACUUCUUGCAUCACCAGACCAUCUACAUCUACUGCGUAGCCAUCGUGCUGCAGUCCGCAGGUUAUGGAAUACCACAAACAUAUCUCAACACCUACGCCAGCGAAGUCGCCAAGCUCUCCCAAACCUCUGCAACUCUUUUGCUCACACUGUUUAACAUUCCUGGCAUUGCCUCGUCCUCGUUCUUUGGUUAUCUGAGUGAGAACAAGCAUUUUACACUCUCUGCCACAACUGUCACUUGUAUCUCAGGGCUCAGCUCUGCAUUGAGUGCCUUCCUUCUCUGGGGCUUGACGACUCAAGGCAAUUUGGCGACACUGGUCCUCUUCUCCAUCACCUUUGGCUUCUUCGCUGGAGGAUAUAGUGCGACAUGGGGAGGCUUAAUGAAUGACCUCGAGAGCGAGGCUAGACAGUCAAACGAAGCCAUCGAUUCAGGUAUGGUGUAUGGAUUGUUGAACGGAGCAAGAGGCCUUGGAUAUGUUGCUGGAGGCUUAGUUGGUGUGCCAUUACUCAAAGCUGGUACCGAAAGAUAUAGUGGGAUUGCUGGUAGUGGGUUUGGAGUACAGUCAAGCUAUGGACCGCUGAUUAUAUUCACGGGGCUAGCGUCGGUGUUUGGUGGAUGGGGUGCGUUGUGGAAGUGGAAGAAGCUCAGGUUGUAA